AUGAAUGCUGGUUUUUAUGCUUAUCUUAAGUCAGAGUUCCUUGCUGCACAUCAUGAUUAUAUAGAAAAAUUUCAAGUUAUUGAACUUCAACAAGAAUUAACAACAAUACAACUACAUUUAACUCGUUUUCUUUUCUCCGAUUGUCUUGAAUAUAUGCGAAAAGCAUUCGAUCGUUAUAUAGUUGGUACAUGUUCAGAUGCAGCAUACAAAUUUGAUGAUACUCGUAGUGACCAACGUGAUAAGUGUGCAAAAUUAACUAAUGGUGUUGAAUGUAUUGAUACAAAAUGUCCAAUUUGUCAUAGUAUACUAUCAAUUAGAAAAUCCGAACAUUUAUCUCAUGUCGAUUAG